AUGACGAAUAAUGGUGUCCAGUCGAAAAAACUUGAUGAGGUGCUAAAGCGAAGUCCGCAAUUCACGAACAACACUCCUAUAGAUGCUUUCUUUCGUGAACUAGAAGAAGCAUUGGUCUCCAAGGUGAAAAGUAGUGAAGGAAACAAUGUCUAUUUGCAGACUUCAUGUGAUAGCAAUCAUUCUUUUGUAUUGAAAUGCCUAGAUUACUUUAAAAGGCUCCAUGUCCUGGUGCUUAACAAGGAGAAGAUUUCUGAUGACAAAAAUCUGCUUCCGAUUUCACUUCAUGAUAUGGCUUCUUUUGACAUGCUGGUGAACCUAAUUGUUAUCCAUGGUAUAUACGCGAAUCUUCCUCUUGGGAUAGGUGUUCCAUUGCCCGAGCGUCAGCUGGCGAAUUUUAAAGAGGAGAGAAAUGAGUUCAAGGUACCUUCUAAUCAUGUAAGGAAUAUAGAGACACUGAAGUUAGCUGCAGAAACAUUCUAUGAUGUAUUCAAAAAAACUGAAAAACCAGGCGAUACGAUUCGCGACAUUCUUUUAAAGGGUACGGGUUAUCUGGAUGCGAUAACUGCUUUAGUUUCACUAGCAGUUGACCUGCCAGAUGAAAAACUGCAGUAUACUGAAAAGCUGGAAGCCUUAGAAGCUACUCAAGAUACAUAUCAAUUGGUCUCCGUUUAUACGCUACUUGUAAGGACUACCACUAGUACUAAGUAUAGGGAAUUGCCACUGUUAAAGCUGAGUUUGCUGUCUGUUAAUAGGCCAGAUGGAGUAUCUUCAGUCAUAGACUUCGUCGUUAAUGUACGAGAAGAGGAACAAAUAAAUGUUGAAAACUUCAAAUUAGUAAACCAGAUCUUACUUGCAAAGCCAAAGACACUAACGAAUGUGCAAUAUUUCUUAGCCAUUUUCCCGCAGAUCUAUGAUGGUUUAGCCGAAGUGAACAGGCCAAUCCUGGUGAGCUCUCUAAACAACCUUGUCUCUGGGUUUUAUUAUAAAAAUAAACGCAUUGUUGAAGACUUUCUGUUCAGAAGGGUUAAUAAGAUACUGUUCAAUCCAAAUGCUGAAGGUUUUAGUGAAAAGCAACUGAACGAUUGCAUCAAUGUGUUAAUCUCACUGUCCAAGAAUCCAUCAACUGAGGUAAUAGCGGCACUAGUUAGCAGCAAUGAUGCCAAAUCAUUUUACUUACACCUAUGGAUUUAUGCUUUAUUCCUGCGUAAGAAUCAAAAGCUUAAGCCAGGAAGUGGUUCCUCUGAUACGGCUCCAUAUUAUCAUGUCAUAUUUAGCCUGAUAAAAUCCUACAUGAAGGUCAACUCCAAUACUGAAUUCCUGGAAUAUAUUGUGAACAACUUAGUAAACUUUGAUCAUGAUAACUGGGAAUACAAAAUAAACUUGGAGACGCAAUUGCCGUAUAUUGUUCCAAAAUCGCCCGAUAAUAUCUUAGAACGUUUAACUUUGAAAGAUGAUAAUACUGCAGUUCUACAGCAACUUUCGCUUGAUGUUGACUUUGCUAUCGAAGCAUUGAUAGAGUUUCUAACGCUGUGGAAUGAUAAUAUUGUCACCAAGGAAGUAUUCCUAUCAACUUUGAGACGUUGGGUGAAGAAUCAGUCAAAGUCAAACACACUGGAUGCGUACCAGGGUGAUCUCUCUCAAAACCUUUUGACCCUUGUCGAUCUAAAGCUACUGGAGCAGAUGAACGAAAAGCUUAAGAUGAACCUACUAGAAAAACCACAUGAUGUACUACAAGUUAUUUAUGAUCUUCUUGAUUUUGCAUACAAUCACCCAGAUCAAGCAUCGCAAUUGGAACCUGACUCUGACGAUGAAGAAGAGGAAGAACAAGACUUAGACAAAUCAAAUCACCUCAAUACUUCUUUUUCCAUUCUCAUUGAGCUGUUGCUUGCCAUUCUUUCAUCGACAGACGGCAAGACACUCGCUAAAGACACCGCACUUCUGAAACAUAUAUCAAAGAAACUCCGCGUAUAUCCUGCAAACCCCAGUUGCUCAAUAGCAUCUGGUAAAAUUGAAGCUUUUGUGCUAAACAAUGUGGACAAACCCCAUAGUAGCAGCCUGGAAAUAGAUGAGUUGGUCUUGGACUCCGCUCUCGCAAACCUUAACGACAACCUGGCACCCAUAAAAGCCCACGCUCUACACGAACUACGCCAACUAAUAAAGAAAAAUUCGCCUGUAAUCAGCGUGAAACACGUCCUAGAUCUCCAUAUACAUCAGCUAAAAGAUCCCGAACCCUUCGUUUACCUCAACGUCAUAAAAAGUCUCUCUGAGAUAUGUCUUCUGUCACCUGACCAAAGUAUACCAUACUUACUAACUACAUAUAGGGACACCAAACCCGCUUACAAACUAGACCUAGUGCUUCGCAUAGGUGAAGUGUUUGUCAACUACAUAACCGCCGAAGGUGAAAUGUUCCAGGGAACAUACGCAGUCCAAAUAGUGCAAACAUGCCUAUCUACUAUACCACAGCGCGAUGCGAUAGACAACCGCAUAAGAAUGUCCGCAAUGUCUCUUCUCGGUCUGGUUUUCCAAGCCAACGCUCUUGCAAUAGCUGAAUAUGUUACUGAUACACUUGACUGUAUUUUUGGAAUACUGCAACUUGAAAAAACCGCUACAACUAUGCGAAGAAGCGCAAUAUACCUAAUUUACGACAUAAUGCAAACUUCUGCUGUUGAAUUCAUCCCAGAGCAGUACAACCGUGAAAAGCUGAUAAGUCUCCUAGAAUAUGUUCGCAUUGAAGAACAGGACUAUUUAGUUUGUGAGAACAUAGACAAGGUACUAAAUAUCCUAAGCCAAUAA